CUGCUACCUCAAGACCGGAGAGUUCGCGCAAGCCAUUGACGAAGCUUCUGCAGCCAUCAAGCUGGAUGAGAAAAACAGCAAAGCCUGGUACAGACGCGGAGUGGCCAGGGCUGCCUUCGGGCUGCUGGAUGAAGCCCGCAGCGACUUGGCAGCAGCAGCAAGAAUAGACCCUAAAAAUGUUGAAAUUCGAAAUGAACUCAAAAAAUGCAAGGAGAAACUGGAAGAAGUGCGCAAGAAAGAGAAAAGCACUUUUGGCGCCAUUUUUGCAAAGGCGGCUCUUUAUGAUGAGAAAGCUGGCGUGCGCAACCUCGACCGCUGCCCUAGGGUUUUCAUGAAUAUUCGCGUCGGCGACAAACCCGCAAAGCGGCUUGUGAUUGCGCUGUAUCAAGACACUGUGCCGCGCACAGUGGAGAACUUCAAGUCUCUGUGCGUGGGAGACAAAAAAGGCAAAGAAGGAAAUGUUUUGAGUUUCAAACAAAACACUUUCCACAGAAUCAUAAAAGGGUUUAUGGCUCAAGGCGGAGACAUCGACGGCAAGGGGGGCGAAAGCAUUUACGGGCCUUCCUUUGAAGACGAGGCCUUCAUCGACAAACACCUCCACAGGGGCCAACUCUCCAUGGCCAACGCCGGCCCCAACACCAACAGCUCUCAAUUCUUCAUUACUUUCGGCCCCACGCCCCACCUAGAUGGGAAACAUGUGGUUUUCGGCGAAGUGGUUGAGGGUUUGGAACUUCUUGACGACAUGGAGGAGGUCCCCACAGACGCCUCCGACAAACCCGAGCAGCAGCAGCACCUGCAGCAGAACUUGCAGCAGCAGCAGCACUUGCAGCAGCAGCAGCACCUGCAGCAGCAGCAGCACUUGCAGCAGCAGCAGCAGCUCCUGCAGCAGCAGCAGCAGCACCUGCAGCAGCAGCAGCACCUGCAGCAGCAGAUUUCUGUGCGUCUUUUGUUUGGUUUUGUCUCGGGUACCGCAGCAGUACCUGAGGGGCCCCCGGGGGCCCCCUGA